AAAGAAUUGUAAAAAAAAAAAAAUUAUUUUCCUGUUUUUAUUAUUAUUUUUUUUAAUUUUAACUUUGUUUUUUUAUUCCCGUAAAAUGAUUAAGUUAUAAAUGUACAAACAAAUAUGAUAUUGGGCUUUGUUAGUGUGUUGUGAUUCUAUAAACAUACAAAGUGUUUGACCAUUUAUGUAAAACAGCAAAAUUAAAUAAUAAUAAUAAUAAAAAAAAACUAAAUAAUCUACAAAACAAGAGAGAGAAAUACAAAAAAAAAAAAAAAAUAACAAAACAAAGCCUCACCCUAUAUCGUACUCUUACAUAGCGCAAAGAAUAAACAUUUUGGCAUAUCCGUCUAUGAAAUUAAUCAUAAAUGUUUAUAUAAAGUGAUGUUUAAAUAAAAUAUAAAUUCUACUUGGAGACACAAAACAAAAAAAAAAUAAUCAACAAUUAAAAAAAAAAUUCUAUUUUUUUUUUUUUUUGUUUCAUAUGAAAUACAAUCCAAUACAAUUUAAAAGAAUAAUAAAAAUAAACAAUAAAAAAAAAAAACACAAGUGACAAGAAACAAGUAGAAGAAAAAUAAGAAUAAACAAAAAAAAACAAAAAUGGCUAUGUCAGAAAAUCUAUGGCGGGAAUGUUCUGCCUGGUUAACGCGAUGUAAAAUUUUAGCACCAGAUCAUAAAGCUAAUUGGAAAACAUCUGAAAUACGUGUUUUAGCAUUAACAUUACGUGAUGGUGUAUUAUUAUGUAAUUUAUUAACAUUUUUAGAUCCAGAAUCAAUUGAUCCAAGAGAUAUACAUAAGAAACCACAAAUGGCACAGUUUCUCUGUUGCAUUAAUAUUAAAUUAUUUUUGGAUGCAUGUAAAAAUCAUUUUGGAUUAAGAGAAUCGGAUUUAUUUGAACCAACAAUGCUUUAUGAUUUAACAAAUUUUCAUCGUGUUCUAUUAACAUUAGCAAAAUUAUCACAAUGCCGUAAGGUACAGCAAUUACAUCCAAAUUUAAUGGGUUUUAAUGUUCAGCUGUCACAAAAUGAAAGAAGUCAUUCAGAUGAAGCAAUUUAUAGGGAUUUACAUUCAACUGAUGAUAGAGAGAAAAGGAGUAAAAAGCCUACUAAUAAUGAUUCAGCUAGUAGCAUUGAAGAGGACGAAGAUGAUGAUGGUGAUAAUGAUAAUAAUAAAAAUCAAGAUGAUAAAGAAAAUAUUGAUAAUAAUAAAAUAAAAGAUAAUGAUAUUAAUUGUUGUAGCAGUAGUAGUUGUAAUAAUAUCGAAUUAAAUGAUAGUGAUAAUUGUAUUAAUAAUGAUAUAAUUGAUGAUAAUACAAAUGGUGCUAAUAAUCAAUUAAUAAUAAAUAAUGAUGAUGAAAAUAGUGAUAUUAUAAUUAAUGAUAAAUCAUCAUCAGAUACAUCAGUAACAACAACAACAAUAAAUGGUCAUCAUAAUCAUCAUCGUCAUCAUCAUCAUCAUCAUCAUCAAGGUGAUAAUAAUUAUGAUGAAAUUGAUGAAAAAUUAAAAAGUGAUAAGAAUGAUGAUAAUGAUAUUAAUAAUGAAAAAAAUGAUAAUAAUAAUUUAAAUAUAAUAAAAAAAAAUAAUAAAAAAUUUUUAUUAAAAAGUUCAACAUCAUUAGGUUCAACAAUAAAUUUAUUAGCAACAACAACAACAAUAAUAACAACAACAAUAUCAUCAACAACACCAACAACAACAACAAUAACAAAUACAAUACAAACAAAUAAUAAAAUAAUUGCAACAAAACAAUUAUCAGAUACAAUUAAAAAUUGUUGUUUAGAAAAUAAAUUAACAUUUGAACAACAAAAUAUUAUUGAUAAUAAUAAUAGUUUAGCUGUUGCUGCUGCACAAUGGGGUAUUAUGUCACAUUCGGAUACAUCAGAUUAUUUAAAUGAUAUUGAUUUUGAAGAAGAGAAACGUAUCUACGAAGAUUUAUGUUAUGUCACGUUUUCAUCAAAUUUACCCGAGUUAACAUCUUCAAGUGCUAGUUUUGAGCAAAGAGAUUAUGUUAUACGGGAACUAGUCGAUACAGAAUCUAAUUAUUUGGAUGUAUUAAAUGCAUUACGGGAUAAGUUUAUGCAGCCAAUGGAGAAAAUGUUAACAAAAGAAGAAAUAAAAAUUAUUUUUCCAAGGAUAUCAGAAUUAUCAGCAAUUCAUACAAAAUUUUUGGAAAAAUUACGUGAAGCUAUUUUACCAAAUACAAAACUUAAACUAAGUCAAGUAUUUUUAGAAUUUCGUGAACCGUUUUUAAUUUAUGGAGAAUAUUGUUCGAAUGUUACAAAUGCAAUUGAUACGUUGUGUGAUAUAUGUAAAUGUAAUAGUCUAUUUGAACAAUUGGUCAUGCAAUGUGAAAAAGAAUAUAAUGUUGGAAAAUUACAAUUAAGGGAUAUAUUAUCAGUGCCAAUGCAGAGAAUUCUCAAAUAUCAUUUAUUAUUAGAUAAAUUAGUUAAAGAAACAUCACCAGUACAUGAUGAUUUUAGAGGUUUAGAAAGAGCCAAAGAAGCAAUGGUUGAUGUUGCUCAAUAUAUUAAUGAAGUUAAACGUGAUUCAGAGCAUUUAGCUAUUAUACAAAAAGUUAAGGACAGUAUAGUAGAUUUACAAUUACCACAUGGUAAUGAUUUACCACAAUAUGGGCAUUUAAAAUUAGAUGGAGAAUUUCAAAUAAAAGCGCAUGAUGAUCAAAAAACAAAACAUCGUUAUGCAUUCAUUUUUGAAAAAUUAAUUAUAUUAGUAAAAGUUUUAAGUACAAAAACUGGUGAAACUCAAUAUACAUAUAGGGAUGCAUUAAAUUUAUCUGAUUAUCGUGUUGAAUUUGCUCAUACACGAAAAACUUUAGGACGGGAUACACGCUUUAAAUGUCAAUUACUUUUGGCUCAUAAAUCAAAGAGGACUGCAUAUACAUUAUAUUUAAAAUCGGAAACAGAAAGAAAUAAGUGGUGUAAAGCUCUCAAUGAGGCAAUAGAUAAUUUAGAUCCACCCGGUUGCCGAAGUACGAAUCAUAAAUUUGAUAUAACAACAUUUGAAGUUCCUGUUAUCUGUCGACAUUGUUCAAAAUUUUUAAAAGGACGUAUACAUCAAGGAUAUCGAUGUAGAGUUUGUGAAAUAGCUGUACAUAAAGGUUGUAUAUCAUCGACAGGUCGAUGUAAACAAAAUCCAGUUAGUUUACCACCACCAGUAUGUGAUCGUCAGUUAUCUGAAUAUAAUUGGUUUGCUGGUCCAAUGGAUCGUGAUACAGCUGCUGCUAGAUUGGAAACUAGUAAAAUUGGAACAUAUUUAUUAAGAGUUCGACCCCAAGGCGCCCUUAAUCCAAAUGAAACAAUGUAUGCACUUAGUUUAAAAACCGAUGAUCAUGUCAUUAAACAUAUGAAAAUUAAUCAAAAACAAGAUGGUGAUACGGUUAUAUAUUGUUUGUCUUCAAGACGUCAUUUUCGUACAAUUGUCGAAUUAGUAUCGUAUUAUGAAAGAAAUGAUUUGGGCGAAAAUUUUGCUGGCUUAAAUCAAUCAUUACAAUGGCCAUUUAAAGAAGUUAUAGCAACUGCAAAAUAUGACUUUGAACCAAGAGGUUCAAAUCAAUUACAAUUAAAAGAAGGCUGCCAAGUUUUAGUUAUUGGAAAAGAUGGUGAUAGUAAAGGAUGGUGGCGUGGUAAAAUUGGAGACACAGUUGGAUAUUUUCCUAAAGAUUAUGUGCAAGAGCAUUCAUUCGAUGAAAUCAGACAAAAUGAACAUCUAUGAUAUUAUAAUUAUUUUGUUUAUAUUGAUCCAGCAGCAUCUUCAAUACGACAUAAUAGUAAUAUUAGUCAAAACUGAUUCAUUAAAUUAUUAGUUAAUUUAGAAUGUAUGUAUUAAAAAAAACAUACAAUAUUAGAUAUUUUAUUUAAAAUCAUGUUUAACAAUUAAA